AUGGUGGUAACCACACCAGUAACAGAACAAGGGCCCGGAUUUACUCAUACCCCUCCUAGCAGAGAAUCUGCAUUUGGAAGCCCAGCUGCGAAGUUCUUAAAGAUUGUCUCUGGGAGAUCAAUAAAACGAAUAGGAAGCAAAUUUAGAAGAUCCAGUUAUUCCAGUGGAGUAAUAGGAAGCACAGGCCAUGUUGAAUUGAAUGCAGUAACGCAGACACCUGACUCGCCGCAACGUGUGCUUCGGGACGAUGUCAUUCCCGAAGUCAUGGCGGCGCCAAGACUGUCUCCAUUUGUUCUACAAAACUCCAAGAGGAGGCCCAAACCUUUAGAUUUGAGGACGUUGAGCCCUCCUAUUACGGUUGAAAAGCCGGCUGCACCAAGUUCAGUAGAAGGAAAGUUGGGAACUCCCGUUCGACUUACAUUUCCAAAAUCAUUUGAUAGUGCUCGUCGCGAUCUUGCAUCAGAUUUGUUGAUAGGUGGUUUAGACGAUAUUACUGAAAGACAGUUUUUUAUCCCUGAUUAUAAAAGAACCCCUCAAAGAUAUGAAGAAGAGGUGUCUCCCACCUGUAGGAUCAAUCAUGCGCAGACAGAUAUUAGCUCUACUCCUGGGUCAAAGCGCUACAAUGUCAACAUUUGCUCUAUUUGUGGUGAAUACUUAAAUGCGCUACUGGUUGGCGAGAAGGUAGUAGAAAUGAAUUGCGAGCACCAGAGUCAUUACCAAUGUUAUUCAGCAGUUUUAGAAGGUACCAUCCAGCAAGGUAAAUAUCCCCGCUGUGAAACAUGUUUAAAGCAAAGUAAACCUAAAGAUGAACAAGUAUUGCAUGACAUGACGUCUUCACUAUUAUUGAAGAAGUCGUUGAAAACAUCUGUCAGUAAUGUGAAGGAACAUGUAAUGGGCCUAGAAUCAGCGGUCCUCGAGAGGCCAUUGUAUAAUCUAAUCACUCCUUGUGAACAGUUGAUUAAAAGUGCCGAUAUUAGUUCCAAUGGUUUUAAGACACCUAUUGCACAAAGCAUACAAGAUAGACUUGGCGUUGAUUCCGCUGAAGAAGAUUUUACAGCAACAAUACCUCACACGUCAGUUAGUAUUGACACAGCAGGCGUUACGGCCGAGCAGGACGAUGUCAAAGUUAACAUUAUACCCCAAGUAAGCAAAUUUAUCAUAAAUGAGAAUUCCGAGCAAACACUGCUGCCUUUUGUCCUAAAUUGUUAUGUGGAAAACAACAAAUCAUCAGAGCCGGAACUUCAAAAAAUAGACAAUGAAGAACUGCGGGCUAACAUCCAGCAGCAUGUGAUAUCCAAGUUAGGUCAAAAUGUUGCAAAAGCAGGUGCUCUUAAGAUGUUUGACAGGAUGAGCUACUCGUUUGAUGGCGAUCAAUGGUCUCCGAUAGUCUUUUACUGGUUUGAACGCUGUUUUGUAUUGGUUCAACAAGGCUCUUGUGAUGACUCAGAAGCACUUAUCAUAGGUAAAAUCCCAGUGUCACAACUUGCUACACUCUUCAAAUAUGAUUCCCAUACCCUCAUACUGUACUUAAAGAGCAUGUCAUUCCCAGAACUUUACCUGAGAAGUCCAGAUGAAAGUACAGCCAUUAUAAGUAAGUGGAACUUUUACCUGGGAGAGAAAACUUGCGAGGUUACUGUAACUCAACAGACCUCCAAUUGUUGGAAUAGUUUGCCUAAGCAUAUAUUAACCGAUCUACCAAAAGAACUGAUUUCUUACAACCAGCUUACGGGAGAGGUUGGAGCAACUCAAUUUUGGGAAGGUUCCACAGUUGUUUCCCAAGGAUUUUCAGCGAACUUAUCACGGAACGAUGCAAAGCUGCAACUAGUGGUCGCAGUAAGUCUUGUUAAUUGUGCUCCUCGCUUACAUUCAAAUGAAGAGUUACUGUCCUCCAUCCAGAAAAAGCUGCGUACCGUCUUGGGUAGCCUUAAUGCUGGCGAUCUGUUUGGGCUUGUAGUCUCUAACGACGGUGUCAAAGAAGGUAAGUUCUAUGGUAUGAUUGGAAAGGAGUGGGAUCUUUGGGACGAAAUAAUCGACUCGCUUUGCGUUUCGGAUGCGAAUCCUUGCGUUGAUGAACAGAGUGAACUUCAGCACAUCAUGGAGGUAAGCGAUAGGUUACUUAGUACCGUCGAAGAACCUGCUGAACAUGUUCGGCAACUUAUAAUUUUAGGGAAUGACCACGACGUUCCUAUUAUUUCUAUGACUCCAGAUCCCAAUUCCUCAGCAUCAACCGCAAUAUCAGCCUGUGCGCGCAAGAUCACAUCACACUACAGUUUCUCAAUCUUGCAGUAUGUUACGCGCAAUUGCUACGCUUUUAUAAGGGAAUAUAUGGGCCACCCAACUUACAAUAUAAAAGUCAAUGUGGUCUCACAACUGUUAGAUGUUGAUGUUUAUCAAAUAGUGGAGAAACUUCACAGAAAGGCUACCACUCGCCUGAACAUUCAACUAGAUAGUUUUGAUCCUAAUGUCGCCAAAUUUCACAGUAUCGAAGUUGCGGGUCGUAUAAACUCAGUCGAGGGUCCAUCCGUAACGUUAGAGAUUGACCCUCUUGAACCAGGUUCAUCCGUAAACAUUCUAUUCGAUAUGCAAGUUGCAACGAAGGCAUUACUGAACAAAUACCCUUCAUGCUCCAGCGCACCUUUUUCACUUGUGAACGCUCGUUACCGUACGUCAUUUACACAGUCGGCGCAACGCCACUGCACUUCGCUAGGAAUUCUAUUCAAACCGCAACAUGAAAGCUGUACUACACCAUGUUCUCUGGCAGCACUCAUAUCGCACAACUCCAUUUCUGCAGAUGCCAACGACUCAUUCAUGGAUAUUCCCCUUAUAGCCCCUUUAUCUCCUUCUAGGGACUCAAUAUUUGUUAGCCGCCAACUCCAAUUUCUCACCAUAGAUGCCCUUAACACCGUCUUAAAAGACGCUAGAAGCAGGCUUCAAUCAUCAACAUCCUCACCUAACCCAUUCUCGCUCAAGGAACUGGUUUCCGUCCUCUUUGGUAUUAGCAACAACUGUAUUGAGUCCUUCCCACUUUACGACAAGGAAUUUGACGACCCCGUAAGCAUGACCGAAUAUACUGAAAUGCUUUGUAAAAAGCUCGAUACCAUUGUAAACCUUUACAAAAUUGAAUCUAACACCACCCAAAGUAGUGCUUCCACUCCUGAGUGGAUUCAUAUGGCACGGGUUCUCCUGAAUUCUCUUAUGUAA